GCUCGUUUCGCCGAUGAUAUAUGUCCCCUUUUACAACUCGCCCUCAAACUGCCUGACCAUGAGCCCCUUUUGGGCCAGGUGGUCCUUGACCUGCUUGACAGUGUACUCGCCGCGGUGGAAGAUGCCGGCGCCGAGGGCGGCGUCGGUGGUGGUCUUUGCAAACACCUCCUCGAAGUGUGCCGGGCAGCCGGCGCCGCUCGAGGCGAUGACGGGGAUGCGGACGGCGGCCUUGACCUGGGCGACGAGCUCGAGGUCGAAGCCGCUGUUUGUGCCGUCGCGGUCGAUGCAGUUGAGCAGCAGCUCGCCGCAGCCCAUGGCCUCGACGGCGCGCGCUAGCUGCACCACGUCGACGUCGCGCGUCUCGCGCCCGCCCUUUGCCGUGCACGCGUACCAGCAGUAGCCCUCCCCGUUCGGCCCCGGGAACGCCGUCUUGAGCGUGGCGUGCGGCGUGUCGGCCGGGGACGCGACGUAGACGCGUUUGGGGUCGACCGACACCACGACGGCCUGGUUGCCGUAGGCGGCGCUGAUCUGCUCGAUGGCCGUGUCGCCGGCGAGGACGCCGCCGCCGCCGCCGCCGCCGCGGGCGAGGUAGGCCUCGGCGGCGGCGACGGCGUCGGACCCGAUGCUGACCUUGUCGGCGCCCGAGGCGAAGUACAUGCGGGCCACGUCGAGGGCGGACACCCGGGUGCCGUCCACGUCGAUCGUGUCGCGGAUGCCGCCGCCGACGGUGAGGGGCACAAAGACGGUGCGCGAGGUGCGGCGCAGCACCUCGAGCAUGGGCAGGUCGGCGAGCGGGCAGUCGCGGAACGAGGUGAUGUUGAGGAAGGUGACCUCGUCGGCCCCCUGCUCGUAGUAGCGCCGCGCCAGGUCGACGGGCUUGCCGAGGUUGCGGACCCCGCGCGCGUCGUCCUUCUCGCGCACGUCGUACUGGUCGCCCUUGGUCACGACCAGGUCGCCGGCGUCGUUGGCGCGCACGUCGAGGCAGGCGAUGACGCGGCGCGUGAGGCCCGUCGUGGUCGGCGCGGGGGAGGUGGCGGUGGCGGUGGCGGUGGUGGUGGUGGCAGUAGUAGCAGGAGAGGAACCCAGCUGGGCGGCGCCCUCGCCUGUCAGGAACGACCGCAGCACGCGCAGGCCGGCGACGCCGCUCUUCUCCGGGUGGAACUGCGUCGCGAGCACAUUGCCGCGCGCGACGGCGCCGACAAAGACCUCACCGCCGUACCGCGCCGUGGCGACGGUCCAGCCCGCGGCCUCGAGCUCGCCUGGCACGUAGGGGCGCUUGUACGAGUGGACGUAGUAGUACUUUGACGAGGCUCGCAGGUCGUACAUCCCCCCUUCCGAGAGCGGCGGCGCGGUGGCGGCGUCGUUCCAGCCAAUGUGCGGCACGGCCUUGUCGGCGUCGUCGAAGCGGUCCAGGCUGCCGCCGAUGACGCCCAGGCCCGCGCAGCCGGGGGUCUCGGACGAGCCAGCGAAGAGGACCUGCAUGCCGACGCAGAUGCCCAUGAAGGGCUUGCCGUCGUCGAUGUGCUUGCGGAUGGCGGGCAGGAAGCCGGCGCCGGCCAGCUGGGACAGGCAGUGGCCAAAGUGGCCCACGCCAGGGAGGAUCAGUUUCUACGAGGAGGAGGUUGGUGAGACGAUGCAAUGUUGUGCAUGAGAAGACACACAUUUAUAUCCCGCGAUUUUGACGUCCACGCUGGGAAAUACGUACAUCCGCAUUGGCAAUCUCCUCGGGCGUCCUGAUCCAUUCUACCUCAUAGCCGACCUUCUCGAUGGCGUUGGCAAGACUGCGCACGUUGCCAGCGACGUAGUCGAGGAGGUGGACCUUGGGCAUUGUGUCCGACUCUAACGCAAUGUGCCAAAGAUACGUCUACUAUUCCUCGGGACAAACGAGCGACACGAGCAACGGCCUUUUCUCCCCGCGAAGCAUAUCCUUGAGUGAGUCAAUGGAUCGGAAUCGCCUUAGUGCGUCACAAUCAAUGCUGGCGGAGGGGCUCGUUCCUGUCGCUAUCGAUAAUCGUAAAAUGCGCCGGCAUCGCAGCCUUUUCCAAGCCAGGGUUCCCUGCACCAACGCCGGCCCGCUGGUAAGGGUGGGGUGGGGCGGUGGUGGGGCGCCGAGGGGAAGAAAGUUCAUUGAAGCGCAAUUGACGUUAGGAAGUUCGCGUUGGAGCGGAAUUGAAGCGUUCCCGCAGCCACGGUUGCGGGCAUCGGAAACCUGCACCAUAUCCAUUGAUAAGAAGGUCGAGAGCCCUCAGAUUCAUAAAAUGCUUCACCCACUGGACAGCGCGCGAGUCUCCACAUCCAUACAUUAUCUCGCGCCCGCAUGACCUGAUCCCUGUAGCUCCUGUCCUCCGACAUGGCCUCUCUACCUGUCGCGAACCCGCCGACCGCGGCCCACGUCGAGCCUCGUCCACAUCUGCCAUCACGACCACAUCCGGCGGCCUCUUCUACUGUGACAGCACCAGAUGCAGCUCAGCGAUUCUCGCCAGAGUCUUCUAUGGAACCGUCCCGCUCGGCAGACGACGUUGAGCCCGAAGGCGAGGGCGAUGGCGCCGGCGAAAGCUCUGAAUCAGAAUGGGAGUACGAGUACUCCACGACGGAGACCGAGACAUACUAUCUGACCGUAGACCUGUCAAUACCCGAUUUCGCCCAGCUCAAAGAUGACGCCAUCAUCCACAACACGCGUGGGGGCUAUAAGAGCUGGUUCAAUCCCAUGCUGGAGAAGCCCGACAUCACCGGGGUGUUUGAGAACGAUGACGACGACGACGAUGCUGCGCGGCGCCGGGGCCGAAAGGACCAGACCGGUGCCACGAUCCACGGCAAAGGGCGCCCCCCAGCAGGAGACGGUGGAGGAGAUACCGCGCGGCCAGGCAGCAAAGGCAAAACGUGGGAGGACCGCGAGGAGCAGCAGAUACAGAUCAUGGAUUUGCACACGGAGCGGCCGCUUGUCGCCCACAGGGGCAUGGUCUUCACGGGGACGUGGUCCAACAACAUCGGCACCGAGCUGAUCUUCACGGAGCCGCUGGACAAGAAGCAGGAGGACCAGGACGACGACGACGAGGAAGACGAAGCCGAGAUGGAAGACGGCGGCAGCAGAACUCCCCAGAACGACUCCGACUCCGGGCGGCCGGGAAGCAGCACAACGUCGGGCGUCGCCGCCAGGCGUGGCACAAAAGGAGGGGCCAGCACCAGCCGGCCCCUGCCCUACAUAACGGCCCUGCCCGGCGCCACGCUCCUGGCCGCGUCCUCGGCGCGGCUGCAGUGCCGCCCCACGACGCUGACGGCGCGCUCGGCCCCGCGGCGGCGGCACGAGGCGCACCGGGCGGCGCGGGCCGCCAACGGCUUCGCCAUCCAGGUGACGGACGACCGCACGGGUCAGCGGCGGCCCCAGGCGCGGUUCCUGGAGCGGCUAGCGGCGCUCAAGCGCGCCCGGGGCGAGGCCGACGAGGUCACGGUCGCCACGGUCGAGAACCCCGACGACCUCGUCGAGGGCGACUCGGACGAGGACUUUGAGCGCGAGAAGAAGGCGCGCAAGCGCGGCUACGAGGACGGCCGCAGGCUGCGCCGCGCCCGCCUCCAGCGCAUCAACGACGGCCUCGACCCCAACCCGCGCCGCCGCCGCCGCCGCCGCCCGGACGACAGGCGCGGUAGGAGGGGAGGGGAAGAGGACGAGGACGGGGCCGAGGGGAGCGUGGGUGAUGUGGGGUCGUACGUCGGGCUGGACGGCCGCUGGUGGUUCGGCGCUACCAACCCUGAUUCUCUCGGGCCGCCCCCGCCCGGUGCCGCGGCCGGUGGCGACGGUCAGGCUGCGGAGGGUGGGGAGGGCUCUGGGCCGUCGAGUCCUAGGAAGCGACGGCGACUGAAGCUACUGGAGGCCGAUGGUCAGGAGGAACAAGGGGCAAAAGGAAGCCAGCAGGUUGCGUAGAGGCUGCAUGUGGAAAAGCCAAGAUGAUAGCAGAAAUGAUACCCGAGGUCGACUUGUUAUGUGGGUCGCCAUCUUUACAGCCUCGAAACGGUCAUAUCGUUGCGUUGUCAUCAUAAAGCCACCAGCUUGGUAAAUGGUAGGUAUCUUUUGUGCAUUAAUCGCAGAACUCCUUCCAGGAAUCGUUGCCCAUGCGGCCGAACGAGGGAUGUCCCGGAAAGCCAGUGUCCGUCCAUUUUAUAUACGCAUGAAAAAAGACCGAAAAGGGACCAAAUCCUUACAGAAACGCCAUACUCCGCACCCCUGCCAUGAGUAACACCAACAGAUAGACCACCAAGAAGGGAGGAGGGGGCCCAAGAAAAGAAACAGCGCCCCAAGUCAAGCAAAGUGGAUGCCCUCGGCGUUGAAGGCGGCCAGCAGGCGCAAAAAGUCGUUCUGGUCGCACUUGUUGGCGCGCUGCUCGGCCAGCCCCGUGUCCGCCAGCACCUUUUCCAGCUUUGACCGGACCAGCUCGCCCACCUUUGUCUUUUUCCUGCGGCUCGGCGUCUUUGCGACGGCGGAGGCGGCGGAGGCGGCGGCUGUGUCCUUUUUGCGGUCCUUGAAGAACUCGGGUAUGGCCUCCUCGUCGCCGUCGUCGCCGUCCACCUCCAUAGAACCACAGCCGCCCCAGCCCUCGUCAUCGUCCUCGUCCGCGUCGUCGUUGGCCCCGUCCGUGUCCAUCUCGACAUCAUCAACGUCGGCGCCAGCGGCGGUGCCGCCGCCCUCGACGACGCUCUCGUCGACCGCGACGCCGUUCAUGGUGCACCAGACCUUGUAGUUGCGCUCGGCCAUGGCCAGGACCUCCUUGACGCCCAGGAAGGAGGCGUGCAGGGUCUUGUUCUUGCGGUUGAAGCACACGCGCAGCAUGCCGUCCCACUCGUCCCACGACACCUGGGGCCGCUCACGGCCCGUCUUGGGCUCGAUGCGCACGACCGACGACUCGACCUGGGGCGGCGGCUUGAAGUUGCCCUUGCCGACCUUCAUGAUGUGCGUGACCUUUGAGAAGAGCUGGACGUUGACGGACUGUGUUUUUUGGGAUUGGUUGUUAGGGGUUGGUUGCAGCUAUAAGAGGAGGGAGAUAGAGAGAGGGAGAAAAAACGCACCAGCCGCGAGUACAACGAAUCCCCCGGCUGCGCCGUCAACCGCGACGCGAACUCGCGCUGGAACAUGAGCACGGCGCAGCGGGGCGGGUUCGGCAGCGCCAGCACCUUGAAGACGAGCGGGCUCGAGAUCUGGUAGGGCGUGUUGCUGAUGAGCACGUCGAAGGGCGGCAGCUCGGCCUUGAUGACGUCGCCCAGUAUCACCUCGAGCUUGCGCUGCUCCGGCCGCCCCUGGACGCGCUUGGUCAGCUCGGCGCCCAUGCGCGGGUCCAGCUCCACGGCCACGAGCCGCGCCGCCCGCUCCAGGAUCUUGACCGACAGGUUGCCCGUGCCGGGGCCCACCUCGAGCACCGUGUCCGUCGGCCGCAAGAAGGCCUUCUUGACGAUCUCCUCGGCGAUGCCGGGGUUCUUGAGUAUGUGCUGCCCGUAGUCCUUUUUGAACUUGAACACGUUGUUCUUGGCCGGCGCGCUGCCGCCGCCGCCGCCCGGCUUGGUGUGUCGGUCGUAGGGCGACGACGAGGCGGCGCCGGCUCGCCGUGGUGUUUUGGCCUUGCCCAUCGUCGGCGGUCGGUUUGAGGGGCUGGAGGGGAGCUGUCGCGGUCGUCGGCCGGCUCUGAAGCAGGUGGAACAAGAAUGAUUUCGGUCUCGGACGGGCGGGGGUACUUUCGGCGCGUCUCCGGCUCGAUCGGGGCGUCGGUGUGAAGCUCAGCGGGCUUGGCUUGCCUUCAAUUUUCUUGUCGCCUCACCACGAUUUCCUGAUUUUCCUGUCGGGAACUUUUUUUUUCUGCUGGCCAUUUACACCCCACGCUAUCUAUCCUUGUUCCCCGCAAUCUUUUCUCAACGCACGCCCCUGUCCCACAAAUCAAGAACCCUAACCCCGCUACUCCAGAACCAGCAUCAGUGGAAGAAGAGGCAUGGCGCUUGCGCUUGAAAACGGCAAUGAGAGGUAUCAAAAAUAUAGAUAGGAAAAGAAAAAUGAAAGUAUAGCUACAUUGGUAACAUAUGAGCUGGAGCUGUGUUGCUCUUGGGUCCCUCCUCAUGUCUUGGCAUUCAUAGCCUCCUCAUAACUCGGUGGAGGCUCCUCGAAUUCGCCCCCGGGCUGUGCUCCCUGCGAGGGCCCGGCGGUGCUGGCCGCCUGGCCUGGCAUAGUAGGUCCCCUGGGCGGCAAUACUGGGGGGACUCCAGCCGCUGCGGCAUGCGCGUGCACGACGCCGCUGCUGCUGCUGCUCUCGCCGGGUGUGACCCCCGACGUCGCGGCCGCCUGCUCGGCCGCCUUGCUCUCGGGCGAGGCAAGGCCCGAGUAGACGUCGAUGGAACUAAAAACGAGCGGCAGCAGUAUCGUCUGCGGCUGGACGCCCCUCGGCAGCGUGGCGCGCAGGCCCCAGCUCAGGCCGACCUUGAUCUCGAGCCGGAAGGUGCGGCUCAGGUUGCACGUCGUGAAGGUCGGCGUCAUGCCCGCCUGGCCCAGCGCCCCGGGCACGCGGCAGUCGGCGCCGUCCCACAGCGAGUCGGCGGGCAGGACGAGCUCGUCGUUAACGGGGCCAUCGGGCAUGACGACGGGGACCGACAGGUUGGGGCGCGACACGACGACCCAGCGGCUCGUCUCGACGUUGGUGAGGUCCUGGCAGCGCACCGUUGUCGACGCCACCAGUUCGGCGUGCAAGCUCGUCAGGAAGACGGGCUCGAGGCUGGGCGCCAGCUUGCGCGCUAUCAUGCGUAGCGGCAGCGGCUUGCCCAUAGUCAGGAUGCUCGGGUAGGGCAGGCGCGCCGACACCUCGACGGCGGGGGGCAGGCCGCGCUGCAGCGGCUGGUCGGCGCCCGGGGUGCCAGCGCCGCUGUUGUUGCCGUUGGCAUCAUUGCUGCCUCCCUCGCCGGCGUUGGCCGCCGAGGAGGAGGAGGAGCUGUGGCUGAAGAAGUGGUUGUUCGACUUGCUGCUCGAGGAAAAGAAGCUCUUCUUCUUGCCCCCGCCCUCGGCGGCAGCGGCCGAGCCCGGCGAGCGCGGGCGAAAGGUGAAGGGUCUGCGGGCGUAGGCCUCCUGCCCCGUCGGGAUGACCCUGGGCGGCUCGAGCGGCAGCAGGCGGAAGUUGUGCUGGUAGCGCCAGUUCUCCUUGAGCAGGCCGGGCCGCUGGACCGUCACCUUGACGUAGUAGCCGACCUCUGCCUGGUGGGGCAGGCCCGUGAAGGUCGGGGGCAGCUGCUUGGUGACGUGCGUGUAGAGAAGCUGGCGGCUGCCGUCCAUGACGCGGAUGCCGCCAAUGCCAAAGAGGCCGCCGGCGCUGUCGCCGAAGCCGCCGGCGCCGCCGAUGCCGCCCAGCUGGGCCAUGGAGUGCGGGUCGCCGCAGCCGUUUUCCAUGGGGAUCUUGAAGCGGAACUGGAAGGCGUGCUGGCCCGGGUUGAGCCAGACGGGCACGGCGUGGGGCGGCACGUCGGGGCCCGGGAAGACCUGCUGCACGCGGUAGAGCACCUUGUGGUUCUCGUGCACGAUGCUGCCCGGGGCGCCGGGCGGGCCGUAGUUGCGGCGGCCGGGUCGCACGCGCGGGUUGUGCGGGUACGCGCCCGGCGCCAGGUUGGGGUCCGUGGCCGGCACGCCCAGCGCCGUGCGGCUCUCGCCCUCGAGCUUGACCACCACGGCGCCGACCUGCUCGGCGCGCGUGAGGGAGAGCACCACGCGCCCCGACACCACGUCGAGGUUGGUGUACUGUUCUGGCGGGCCAUUGUCCAGCACGAUGCGGAUGGACAUGGUGGGUGUGUGGGUGCGUGGCUUCUGCUUGUCCCUCUCUAUCGGCGAGCUGUGCCGUCUCCUGCUGCUGGCGAAGGUUGUCUGCCCCAAGCUCCCGUCACCCCUGACGCAAUGGGUGGGGUCACCAACCUUGGCGGAGCUUUGAGCGAGUUGAGUUUAGUGAGUGUGCUGGUUCAGACCAGUUGAGUGCUGGAGUGACUCGCGAGAGCUCUGAAACCAGAAACCAGAAACCAGAGACCAAAAAAAUAACUCCAGCAGCUCAACUCCGAACGGGCAUCGCACCAAAGAAAUCCCUCUCGCGUCCUGGCCCGCCCGAUGACAGACGCGCGGAAACGGUGCUUCUUUCGGCCGCAAAACAAGCCCAGACGCGCGUGUUGCUUAUUCCGCGGGUCCCAGAAGAGGGCCGACUGGCCGGCCGAGGACGCCGUGUGUGGCCUGGGUGGCGGCGCCGUGGUGGGCGUGCGUAAUUUGCGCCCUGCUUCGCCUCGUUUUGGCUGGAGUUUGCCCCGUGCUUCCCCCCUCAGCAGUCGGCUGUGCUGGCGGUUGCCACCCACUCGACUCGGGCGUCCGUCUCUAAAAGGGAAAUAACUUGGGUCUCGGUAGGGCCAGCGACAAAGCAGCAAAGACAUAAGGAAUGAUUGUGAUGAUGUGAAGGAGAAGAGAAAAGAACAAACUUCACGGCUUCUACUAGUAUUUCCAGGUCGCCCGACCUUGCAACCCCCACUGGCGCCCAUCGUCGGCUGUCCCCUGGACUCUGGUUCUUGGCGGCACCAGCUCGAAACGCCAGCCCAAGCGCCCAGCCCAGGCGAUCACUGCUAUUUUUAGCGCUGACUUUGGCCUUUGUUGGCUCCCUCCCGCAUACGGAUCGACAAGCCGCGGAAGAAAUCGAGGCGCCUCCAGGUAUCGUAGCAGUUAACCCUUUCUUGAGGAGGGGGGCAUAAAAUCUUACAUGGGUUGUAGCCCCAGCUACAACAACGUUCCUCUUUUGCCUUUGUGUAACGGGUACUACCUUGGUCUGGUCCCAACAGUUUGUUGUAGCUCAGGGUCGCUCGAGUUCAAUUCCCCGUACGGUCGCGCGCAUAGGUUUCCAACUAUAGCGCUUCUUCUGCUGGGGGCGGGGGGCAAUUGGCUCCAGCGAUUCGAAAAGCCGACCGAAGCUUUUCAAGGGAAGCUUAUAGCGAUUACCCUACUAUGGCAUGGGCGCCAGCACCCUGGAAGGCGAACCUUAAUUGCAAUUAGGGAUAAUUGCGGUUUAAGGGUAGGGUAUUGUUACGGUACGGUCGCUUAUAAAGACCUCGCAUGCGUUGUAAAACGUUCCUCUUUUGCCUUGGUGUAACGGGUACUACCUUGGUUU